UCGAACUAAGGAAUAUCAAAACAUUGGGAAAACAAGGAAAAACGCAUAUAUGAAAAGGAAUCGCAUAUAGGUUCAGUGAAGUCGUUGAUCAAUGGAACGUUGAAGCAAAACAAUAGCAAAAUGUCGAUUUAUUGACGUUUUUUAUACGUUUUUCUAUAGGAAUAUACUUUCUUACUUUGGAUAUCAAGUCGAGAGUUAUUUAAACUGGAGUUGUAUCGCGAUCUGAUAAAUUUGAUAGGGUAACAUUACGGCAUAACAUAAGUUGUCGUUUUCUUUUGAGUUUUUCAACGUAAAGAAAUAGGCUGGUCUUGAUGUAUAAAGUAUAAUGACCUGCCUCUAGAUUUGAGUUGUGAACCGCUCCGAACUUAUACUUGGUGCUACUAUCGAUCAAAUAACUCGUGUUGGUAGGGACUUAUUGGAGGAAUUAUGAGUUUUGAUGGAUCUGUUGUUAGCAGACUUGAAGGAUCCUCAGAUGCUCCUGGAGGGCUGGUUGUUAAAAAAUACAACAAGUCUGCGACAAAAAGCUCAACUGGGGGAGGUAGCCAACUUGGUUUACAGAAACUUGCCAAGCAAAAACGUAAAGAGAGGGAGGAAGAGGAAGAGAGAAAUAGGAAGAAUUUAAGAUCUGAAACUUGGGAAGAUGGGGAUGAAAGAAACAGCAUGUCUACCUUGGCAAAACAUAGACAUUAUCGUUCAAAAAUGGUCGAGACUCCUUCACACCCAGGAGGGGUUAGUGAUGAAUAUAGAGAAAAGAAAAGAAGGCGUGAUGAGAGGGAUAGAGAGCAGCGAAGGGGAGGGGUUUAUGCAAAUACCAAGGGUAAAAGAAAUCAAGAAGAUCAUAGGGAUAAGGUAAGAUCUAACAGGGACAGUAGGGAAGAUAAAGGAUCGAGAAGAUCCUCUAGAAGCAGAGGAGAUAGCACCAGGUCAACCAGAGAUGGAUAUAAUUGGGAAGAUACACCAAGUAGCCGGAGAUCAAGGGAGGAAAGAGAAUAUACACCAAGCUAUGGUAAUCGAGGUCUAAGGACACCAUCACGGACAUCGUGGGAAGAUGAAGAGGAAUCAACACCUUCAAGAAGAAAUUGGGAUACGCCAUCACCUGCAAGAUCCGACAUUUCAAGAAGAGACCGCAGUGAAAGACGGCAUCCAAAAAAUAUUUCCGACACACCAGCUCUAACUCCCACCUACAAAUACAACAGUUGGGCAAACCAGAAGAAAAGUUUUGGUGUAACUCCACGUUUGUCUUAUGGAAAAGGUCGUCAAGAUGAUGGCCAUGAUAAGAAAGAAAUGUCAGAAAGUGAGAGAAAAGAUUGGGAAGAAGAACAAAAGCGUCUGGAUCGAGCAUGGUAUGACAUGGACAGUGGACAAGAUGAAAACCAUAAUCCAUUUUCAAAUGUUAGCGAUGAAUAUGUGGCACAGAAAGAAGAAGCCAUAGCGAAGAAACAGUUCAAACGAAUGUCGGCACAGCAACGGCAGAUCAACAAGGACAUCGAAAAAUGGGAAACAAACAGAAUGUUAACAAGUGGUGUGGUACAGCGUUUGGAAGUCGACGAAGAUUUUGAAGAAGAAACUCAAAAUAAAGUUCAUCUACUUGUUCAUAACAUGGUUCCUCCAUUUCUUGAUGGAAGAAUAGUGUUUACUAAACAACCUGAACCAGUUAUUCCUGUCAAGGAUGCCUCGUCUGACAUGGCGAUCAUAAGCCGUAAAGGAUGUCUGGCCGUGAGGAGGUAUAGGGAGGAGAAAGAGCGUAAGAAGGCUCAGCAUAAAGACUGGGAACUAGCGGGAACCAAACUUGGCAAUCUUCUUGGGGUGGAGAAAAAGAAGGACGAGGAGGAUGAUCAGGCCGGAGGGGAGGAUUAUAAAGAAAAUCAAAGAUUUGCAGAUCACAUGAAGGACAAGAGCCAAAGCACAAGUGAAUUUGCUACACAGAAAACAUUAAAAGAACAGAGACAAUUUUUGCCGAUAUUCUCCGUCAGACAAGAGUUAUUGAAUGUUAUCCGUGACAACCAAGUUGUGAUUAUUGUCGGUGAAACGGGAUCUGGAAAAACGACUCAACUCACGCAGUAUCUUCACGAAGAUGGUUACAGUAACUACGGUAUAAUUGGAUGUACACAACCUCGACGUGUUGCCGCAAUGUCAGUUGCGAAGAGAGUGAGCGAGGAGGUUGGGGUAGAGCUUGGUGAGGAAGUCGGUUAUGCGAUACGUUUUGAAGACUGUACAGCGGAAUCGACUAUGAUCAAAUAUAUGACGGAUGGUAUUUUACUGAGAGAAUCGUUGAACGAGUCCGACUUGGAUCGUUAUAGUGCAGUCAUUAUGGACGAAGCUCAUGAAAGAUCUUUGAAUACAGAUGUCUUGUUUGGUCUUCUCAGGGAGGUUAUCGGGAGAAGACGUGAUCUCAAAUUGAUAGUUACAUCGGCCACGAUGGACUCCGACAAAUUCGCAGUGUUCUUCGGGAACGCCCCUGUCUAUAAGAUUCCUGGUCGAACAUUUCCGGUCGAGAUAUUCUUUAGCAAAAACGUUGUGGAAGAUUACGUUGAUGCUGCGGUUAAACAAGCUUUACAAAUACAUCUUACACCUUCAAAAGGUGACCUGUUGAUAUUUAUGCCAGGACAGGAAGAUAUCGAAGUUACUUGUGCUUUAAUACGAGAACGACUGGAUGAAGUUGACGAUGCUCCGUUACUCGCAAUUCUCCCUAUCUACUCCCAAUUACCCUCGGAUCUCCAGGCGAAGAUAUUUCAGAAAUCCCCUGAAGGUGUUCGAAAGUGUAUCGUGGCUACAAAUAUUGCCGAAACUUCGCUGACAGUGGAUGGUAUCAUCUUUGUUAUUGAUUGCGGUUACUGUAAGUUAAAGGUGUUUAAUCCAAAGAUAGGUAUGGACGCACUCCAGGUCUAUCCUAUCAGUCAGGCGAACGCCAAUCAAAGAUCGGGUAGAGCAGGCAGAACGGGACCUGGUCAAUGCUUCCGUCUUUAUACGGAGAGCAACUACAAAAAUGAACUAUUGAUAUCAACGGUACCGGAGAUCCAGAGAACAAAUCUUUCAAAUGUUGUCUUGUUGCUGAAGUCGUUAGGAGUUCAAGAUCUACUCGAGUUUCAUUUUAUGGAUCCACCUCCACAGGACAACAUCCUCAACUCUAUGUAUCAACUGUGGAUUCUUGGAGCUCUUGAUAACACAGGUAGCCUAACACCACUCGGUCGACAAAUGGUGGAGUUUCCUCUCGAUCCAGCAAUGUCGAAGAUGUUGAUUGUUGCUGUGGAUAUGGAGUGUAGCGAGGAAGUGUUGACCAUAGUCUCGAUGCUGUCAGUUCCUGCAAUAUUCUAUCGACCCAAAGGACGAGAGGAAGAAAGUGAUGCGGCAAGGGAGAAGUUUUCUGUUCCCGAGAGCGAUCAUCUCACAUACCUCCAUGUCUACCAACAAUGGCGGUCGAACAACUACUCCAGCCAUUGGUGUUCGGAACAUUUCAUUCACGUCAAAGCGAUCCGCAAAGUGCGGGAGGUUCGGGGACAGCUUAAGGAUAUCAUGGUACAACAUCGUAUGGAGUUGAAAUCAUGUGGCAAUGACUGGGACGUCGUGAGAAAGUGCAUUUGCUCAUCAUACUUUCAUCAAGCUGCAAGACUAAAGGGGAUCGGAGAGUACGUGAACAUGCGCACUGGAAUGCCAUGUCAUCUUCAUCCAACUAGUGCCUUAUUUGGAAUGGGUUUCACGCCCGACUAUAUUGUCUACCACGAACUGGUCAUGACUUCCAAGGAAUACAUGCAAUGUGUGACGUCAGUAGAUGGAUAUUGGUUAGCCGAACUCGGUCCCAUGUUCUACACAGUGAAGGAAUCAUUGAAGACGAGACAUGAGAAACGUCAAGUUGCCAGAGAGAAAUUGAAUGAAAUGGGAGAAAUGGCCGAAGCUACAGCACAACUUAAGGCACGUGCUGCAGAAAAAAUUGAAAGAGUUUCUUCUGUCAGAUCACACAUUGCCACGCCAGGUCUUAAGACCCCUGGUACCCCUCGUCGUACUCCCCAUCGAUUUGGUUUGUGAAUUCUAAGCUUUAUCGCACGACUCGAGUAAAGUGAAAUUUUUUCAGUGAACAUUUUAUGGAUUUCACAGCAAAAUAACUGCUAUGUAGUGACAAUGGUCAUUUUGGGUAGUUUGCAUCCGUUUUUAAUCUUCAAAUUUCCCAUUUUUUAUUCGCCAACAUAUAUUUGUGUAUCGUCAUUAUGCUGGUAUUGUAAGGCCAGGUUGUGCAAAGCCUAGAUUUCAGUGCAAGGCCGUUGCUGACUCGAUCAUUGGUAGGGUGGUGGGAUUUAUAUAUUCAUAUUCUUCCGUAUCAACAUUCUUUGAAAUCAAUUGUUUUCUGCGGAUUAUGACAUGCAAAUAUGAAUAUUGCGCCCCCCCCUAAUUAUGGAGAUUGAAUAUUCUUAUUGUAAAAGUUUACGAUAAAAGAUAAAAAGUUACCACAUAAAUUAGAGUUGGUGAUAAAACAGUGUUUCGAAGAUGACGAAGUAAAUUUUUGGUAAGAAAACAGUCAUAUUUCUCGAAUUACAGAAAGACUAUAUCCAGUGUACGGUGUUAUUCUGUCAAAAAUGAUUCGUGUAAUGAGCAAAGAACUUUUUCUUAUCUGCUAUAGAAACAAAGUUAAUGAUGACACAGGCCCAUAAAAAAUUAACACGAAAUUGAAAGCUCGGCUGUGGCCACAAUUUUUUUAUCACUUGAAAAUGUUAUAUGCUCAUAACAGAUAAACAGACUUAUGCUAAACAAACCUUCUAUAGCUACUUCAUAAAAGACGACAUAAACGACAUUUGAAAAAGUCUAUGUGCUUCUAGUCCUUGAAUCAUAUUUUUGGUAAAUUUUUGUAAACAUGAAAACGCACUAAUUUUCUUUCUAAGUAGUGAAGAUAAAGUUGUUAUACCUUUUAGAAAUGUCGUUCAUGUCGUCUUCUUGAAAUGUCGUUCAUGUCGUCUUUAUUAAAUUUCAUUAUUCUGCUGUAAAGGUGUAGUCGUUGUAAAGUAGGGCUGCUAAACAUUACAAAAUUGGCAUUUCUA